GUGUGAGCGGCCGCUCGCGCGCGGCGGUUGGCUGAGCCGCGCGGCGGCAGCGUCGUCGCCGUCGUUCCCCCCGUUUCUCCCCACCCCCCCCCCCCCCCGCCCGCAACGGGCCGGGCGGCGCGAGCCAGCCCCGCACGCUCCCCGCUCCCCUCCCAACCCCCGCCGGGCCGCCGCCGUUGGAUGCGGGACGGCAGCGCGAGCGCCGCGCGGAGCCGGUGCGUAAGAUGGAGGGCCUGACGCUGAGCGAGGCGGAGCAGCGCUACUACUGCGACCUCUUCUCCUACUGCGACACCGAGAGCACCAAGAAGGUGGCGUCCAACGGGCGCGUCCUGGAGCUGUUCCGCGCCGCCCAGCUGCCCAACGACGUGGUCAUGCAGAUUAUGGAGCUCUGUGGUGCAACAAGACUUGGCUAUUUUGGAAGAAGUCAAUUUUACAUUGCUCUGAAACUUGUUGCUGUGGCCCAAUCUGGUCUCCCUCUACGAGUGGAAAGCUUAAAUACAGUAAAGGACCUCCCUCUUCCCAGAUUUGUUGUGUCAAAGAAUGAACAAGAAUCAAGACACACAGCCUUGUAUUCUUCAGAUGCUGAUAACCCAGCUUCAUAUUCAGGUGUGAUUCCUCCUCCACCUGGCAGGAUACAAGUCAAAAAAGGCUCUGUGAGCCAUGAUGCAGUUCAGCAACGUACAUCAACUGAUCAACAGGAGUCCACAUCUCCAGUUGUUUCACCACAGCAAUCCCCACCAACCUCUCCACAUACAUGGAGGAAGCACAACCGCCAUCCCAGCGGAGGGAAUAAUGAACGACCUCUUGCUGGACCUGGGCCUUUUUGGGCUCCAUUUAGUGAAGCACAACCAGGCUCAUCUACUUCUAGUGAUCCCAUAUGGUCUGGCCAUUCACCACCACCCCAUCAAGAAAAUUGGGUCAGUUUUGCAGAUACCCCACCAACCAGUGCUCUUUUAGCCAUGCAUCCUGCUUCUGUCCAGGACCAGACAACAGUACGAACUGUAGCAUCAGCUACAACAACAAAUGAAAUUCGUAGGCAAUCAAGUAGUUAUGAUGACCCUUGGAAAAUAACUGAUGAACAAAGGCAGUAUUAUGUUAAUCAGUUUAAAACCAUUCAACCUGAUCUAAAUGGAUUUAUACCAGGAUCUGCAGCUAAAGAAUUUUUCACUAAGUCAAAACUACCUAUUCUUGAACUUUCUCAUAUUUGGGAACUGUCAGAUUUUGAUAAAGAUGGCGCACUGACGUUGGACGAGUUCUGUGCUGCGUUUCAUCUGGUAGUUGCUAGGAAGAAUGGGUAUGAUUUGCCAGAAAAGUUACCAGAAAGUUUAAUGCCCAAACUGAUUGAUUUGGAAGACUCGACGGUGAUUCCUGUCAUUUCAGAAGUUGGAGAACAGACUGGUGAGGUAGGUUACUCCAGCUCUCCAGCAGAAGCACCUCCAAGCAAGUCUCCAUCAAUGCCAUCCCUAAACCAGACCUGGCCAGAAUUGAAUCAGAGCAGUGAGCAGUGGGAGACAUUUAGCGAACGCUCUUCAAGCUCACAAACUCUGACCCAAUUUGAUUCUAACAUUGCACCAGCUGAUCCUGACACUGCAAUUGUGCACCCAGUUCCCAUAAGAAUGACUCCAAGCAAAAUCCACAUGCAGGAAAUGGAGCUUAAAAGAACUGGAAGUGAUCAUGCUAACCCUACUAGCCCACUACUUGUGAAACCACCUGAUCUCCCAGAAGAAAACAAAAUGAGUUCGUCUGUAAAGUUUACACCUGGAAAUACAGUUACAGAUGGUUACAGCAGUUCAGACUCCUAUACUUCAGAUCCAGAGCAAAUUGGAAGCACUGUAACGCGGCAAAGAUCACAUUCGGGAACAUCUCCAGAUAACACUGCGCCACCGCCACCCCCUCCAAGGCCUCAUCCUUCUCAUUCUCGCUCAUCGUCUUUAGAUAUGAACAGAUCCUUUUCAGUUACCCCAGGACAGCAACAGGCUGGAGUUGUUGCCUAUCCCCCUGCAGUGCCUCCAAGACCACAGCCUUCACAGGGUGCAGGUCCUCAUGUGCAUCGCCCAGCAGAUGCUGAAGGCCUAAUAGCUCAUACCAGUACCUCACCUCAACAAAUACCAGAACAGCCAAAUUUUGCAGACUUCAGCCAGUUUGAGGCAUUUGCUGUUUCAGCUGUAAACAAAGAGGAAGAUGAUGAAAUUGAAACACACUCAGAAGUCCUGCAGGUUGAAAAGCCGUCUGAUUCUGCAAGUUCUCUUAGAGUUGCCAAAGCAGAUGGAAGAGUUGAAGACAAAGCACCUGCUAAUGUCCCCACUAGUGCGGGUAAAGGCACUACCCCACUUGCUCCACCACCAAAGCCUAUUCGCAGAAGAUUAAAAUCAGAAGAUGAGCUAAGACCUGAAGCUGAGGAACAUACACAGAAAACAGGUGUCAUAGCUGCUGUUCUUGCUUCACAGCCAUCUAUUCCUAGAUCAGUGGGGAAAGACAAGAAGGCAAUUCAGGCAUCAAUCAGACGUAACAAGGAAACCAACACUGUUUUGGCCAGAUUGAAUAGUGAACUACAGCAGCAACUAAAGGAUGUUCUUGAAGAGAGAAUCUCCCUGGAAGUCCAACUGGAACAACUUCGACCUUUCUCUCACCUCUAAGCCUACUGCCGUUAACUGUGAAUUUACUAAUUUUGAAAAGGGUAUUGGUUUCAAAGCCUAUUUAAAGAUCCAUGCAUCUAGCUCAGUGCACUGUAUUCUACAUUAAAUGUUGUGGUUCUGUUUUGUCAAUUUGUCCACUUUUGUAUUUAAGUAUUUUAAUUUCAGUACAGAGAAAAAAAAAAAAACUUUCUCCUUGAAUGUGACACUGCCUCUCACAUCAUUUUCUGUGGGCAUCUGUGAUCUUUGUUGGACUUGAGUUUGUAGAGUUCGUCGCCAAAAUUUCCAACUGGAAUUUUUCAGUGGUUUCUUUUUUCCCAUUGAAACAUCUUUGCAGAAGAGGAUUGCUAAUCAGUUGACUUUAAAGUUUAAGCACAUAAACUCUUCUUUUGCUGUGGCAUUUAUUUUUAUUGUGCCAGAAAAGAGAAAAAGUAGUACUCUGUCAUCAGCCAAUGUUACUUCCCAAGCUGCCUUUCACAAUUGGAAAGUUGUUCACAGUUCUAGAAAGCCUGCCUCUUUGCAAUAAACCAACUUAUUUCAGGUUGACAGAGUUCUUGCAGGCUGUUUGCCGUGUCAACUGGAUUUGAUUUUGUUGCAUACAUUAUAGAGUAUGUAACCACAGAUUGCCAGGUGUUCACGUUUUAUCCAUUCAUGAUCCUGAUUCAGCCGCAUGCAUAUAAAGAUUUAUGAUACAAUUGGUAGUCUACCAAACAGAUCUUUUUCAGUCCUCCCUUUUGUGAAAAGCUGGGUGUGAAUCCCCAACAUACCAGUUACACAUUACCUAAGCACCACCUGUAAUUGCAUGUUUCACACAUUACCUUUUAAUAACAGAUCACAUCCACCAGUCUUCACUAUAACAAAUUGUAUUGUCAAGUAAUGUGUCAAUACCUCUAUGAACUUCUAAUUCCCAGCAAAAAAAAAAAAAAAAAAAACAACAAAAACCAAAACCAAAAAAAUGAACGGUUUUCUUCUUAGGAAUUCUGGGGUACCUUCUGUCACCUUGUUUCCAGGCCUUAUUUCUCUGGCAUAUAGACAGGCUUCACUAUUAACAGAGUUCCCUGAGUGUAUCCUGCUAUUCAGGUUGAUGUACUGUAUUAGGAUUUGUUGUAUAUUGUAUGAUACACACCUUUUGAUCUCAUAUGUAAAUUUGCAUUAAUUGCUGACUAACAGCAGAUAUUCUAUUUAAUGGCUUCUUCUGGCUGUGGGAUCAUAGAUGUUUAACUGCAUGGAUGUAUCUCUGCAGAAUCAGAACUAGCAAUUGUGUGAUUUUUACACCAAUAAAACAGCACAAUAUUUUAAUUUUGUUGAUUCAUCUUUACCUGGGAAUUGAAACACAUUCAAAUAGAGGGGAGGGUUUUAUUGCAGGUGUGCAGGGAAUUUUUUGUAAUUUUGUGGCAUGUACGAGAAAGUUGAUCAUAAUCCCUUGACCAUUUUCUUCUCAUUUUUUAGCUGUUGGUCAGAAGUGAUCAAAUUCUCUUGGUAAUCUGUGGCAAUACUCCUUUUGUAUCCCCCUAUAAGAAAAUUUAAUAUAGUUGUAACUUCUAAAAAGUAAAUAGUAGUAGUGACUUGGGUCAAAGAAAUGUAUUGUUCUUUAGUCUUCAUUUCUGAUUUGAUUUCAUUUAGAGUACCUUUGAAAACGAAAACUAAAUGGAUCACCUUGUUAGCAGUCCUUAUCCUCACUGUCUCACUUCUAUGCUUAAAUUAAAUUCUCUUAACAUGUGCUUCCCUUACAAAAGGAUAGCUCAAGUCAGAUUUUUCCACUGGAUAUGCUGUUUGUAAGGUGAAAAAGUAGUUCUUUUUUUGUUAACCAUAAUUAUCCAAUCUGUAUAUGAUAAUUUUUAUUAUAACUAUUCCAACAUUUUUUUAAAUGUCAUGGAAGUGUUGCGAUGGCUUGUGUAUAUAAUCCAAAGCAAAAUUCCCUGGUGUGAAAGACAUUAAUUUCAUAGUUGCGUGAAAAGAAGAUACUUUCUAUUUGCAUGUUAAUGGAUUAAGAAACAAUAGCUAAAUGGGCACAAUUGUUACAUACAAAUUGCAUUUCAACUAUGUCUUGCCAAUUAGUAGGUAAAGUGCAAGACACUGACCUUAAAAAAAAAAAAAGAUAUAACCAGGGAAAUGAAAAAAAAACCACCCACCCAAAACAACAACAACAACAAAAAAACCCAAACCAAACUCAAAACAAAACUAAAACUUAAGUUGGUAACUAGUCACUACUAUUAUAACUGCCAAGUAGCAAGAACAGUGUUUAAAAAAGUGUCAGUCACUAUAGUCAAAGAAUGUUGCUUUCAAACCAACUGUAUAUUGUCCAUAGUUUAUUUUAAAGUUAAAUACACAUUUUAAAAUAGAACUAUUUUCAUAAUAAUAUUUAAGUAUUACGCCUGUUUAUAGCACCAGGGCUCUUAAGUCAGAAUUUAACAUUUUAAGCUUAAAUGUAAAAAGCCUUUUACAUUCAAAUGUGACAUGUACAUAUAAAUUUCUGUAACAUCCAUAUCUUUCUAGUAGAAUGACAAGUUAGCAUGUCAAAUGAAGAACUUGGGCAAUCUGAACAUUUUUGUGUCUUGCAAACAAGUCUGUUUUUAAGAAUUUUUGUGGAUUACUUUUAAUGCAUCACUCAGUAUGUUUUAAACCAGUUUUUCAUGAUCAGAAGAGCUUGUAGCUGAAGAACUGCUUCUGUCUUAAGAACAUCACUGCCAAUGAUGUUCAGAAGUUACCUCACUUAGUAACGUAACCCAACUUUAAUUCCUUAUAAAAUUACUUCCCUAUCUUCUCCAUUUGUUUGAUCUUGAUCCAACUACUUGAUGCAUUCUUUUUUAUGGGCUUAGAUUGUGAGCUCUUUGGGGCAAGGACUUAUGUACCAUACAAGAGAUGUGCUCUCUAUAUUGCAAGUGUAAAUUUAGACUAGUAAAUAGUAUGGAGUGUGACUCAUGUACCCAGCUAGGAUGGAUGGACAGCAGCAUGCGUUUCUGAAACACCUGCAAGAUGUGUUUCUUUGGACUUUGUGGUUGGAGGAGUGUCUCUCUGUCUCACUUGAUUUGCAUUUCCUUUGUUUCUCCUACUAAUGUGCCUCUUUCUUCAUUCCACCUGCUUUGGAGUUGUUUUUCUCUCUCCCUUCAUUGCCUACCUUUGGACUGCAGAGAAGAUUUCCAAACUGCAAAGGUAAAAAGCUGGAAAGACACUUUCUUUGAACAGUAUUUUAAGUCUAUCCAAUGUAAGCUAGUAUUUUCAAUUUUUUUUUUGUACUUCAUGCCCCUCAUUUUACUUGCAAUUGUAUAGUACAUGAACUAGAGGAUCUCUUAUUACUGAAAAUGUCUUGUGGGAUAAAAAAAGUUGAGGUUAUAAAAACUUAAAACUAAAGAAAAUAAACCUACGGCAUUGUUUCCUGUG